AUGCAUGCAAGCCUUGACGAGUGGGAGAGACAGCUCCAAAUCGAAUUCCUUCCUAACCAGGGAGAGGCCGCCACAAGGGCACGGCAACUGCGCUUCAAGUUCGAAAAUGCGGAAGAACUGUCUCUUGCCAGCUACCUGCGUCGAAAGGCGCAAUUGUUGCGCGAUGCAGGUGUGGCAGAUGAAUCUUCGAUUAAGUUCGAAGUCUGGCAGGGAUUAGAUCCCGAGAUCAAAAGCAUUACACCACUUCGAAAUAAUGAGACUCUGGCCCAGUUUGUAAGUCGGGUCCGAGAGAACGACUCUGCAGCGUCUUUUACAUGGAAGACCAAGAAUAGAGGCAAAGACAGGUCGCGUUCAGACAAAUUCACUACCAAGGCGCCUUUCCAUACUCAGCAGAGAUAUGAGCGAGUUGAGCCUCGAUCCAGCCGGUAUGAACCCGAGUACAAACGAGAAGACAGAAGGCCAAUAGAGCCUACUCGGGAUAGUAGACGUACGACCCGCGUUGAGGACCCAAAGCAAGAAAAGAAGGCACCAGUGAAUAUGAAAAGGGAACCAAGACGCCCGUGUCGUCACUGUAAUGGUAACCAUUGGGACAAUGAAUGCCCAAAGGCGAAGGCGAACUUAGCGAGGCGCCAAGAAUUUGAAGAUUCUGACACGGACAUGGACGAGGCGGUAGACGCUGAGACGGACGAUGAAGCCGACUUUAUGGCAAUGCGGGACUUAGGUUCGACCGACUCAGAGUCGGAAAACUGA